GCAGAGAGCCCUGCUUGCGUGCACUUCCUGUGCUCUCGAGACGAGGCCGUGAGCGGAGGACGAUGGCUCUCUGCUUGAUGCUCGCACUGGGGUUCAUCACCGAGGCUCACGGGAACACAAACGUCAGGUUUGUUGAGGCGAGGUCUGGAGGGGAGCUCUCCUUCAACUGUUCCACGACGCUGCUCCACGAUGGCCUCACUGUGUACUGGAGUCUACCUGAGCCACAGGAAGUGCUCUUCCUCAACCAUCAUCCACAUCGGCUGACAAUAGACACGCUAUUCAAGGGCAGAGCAACUGCCGCAGGAAAUAUUGCGAUGCUCUCUGUAACCAUCAGCAAGCUGACCGUGAACAACUCUGGCCUUUACUGGUGCAAAUACAGCAAAUACAACAAAGUAAACAUAACCUUCGAUGAGACCCGUGGAGACAGCCCGGUCACAAUGCUGCAUGUCACCGGGGGCGAAGCAGGUGAUGACAGGAUGGAAGCAGGUGAUGACAGGAUGUGCCCUGGUGGUGAUGACAUCACUGGUGGUGAUGACAUCACUGGUGGUGAUGACGGGAUGAUUUGGGCCAUCGCCGGGCUGAGCGCCAGCUCUGUGCUCCUGUUCUGUGUCCUUCUCAUCUGCGUCAAGGUGAAGAGAUUCCAGGAGAGGAAGGGGCAGAUCCGUCCACCCUCUGAUCACGGAAUUUACGAGGACAUGCGUCCCCAGUUGCCUAAAUCCCAGCCCUGA